AGUUUUCUCCCCAAAAUGAAGAAACUACUUGCGCUUAUUGUACUGUGCAUUCUAGUAAACACAUUAACCGAUGCAAAAAAGUUCAAAGAAGGUGAAAAACCAUCAUGGGCAAAGAAAGACAUUCGCGACUUCAACGACGCCGACAUGGAACGUCUGUUAGAGCAAUGGGAGGAAGACGAUGAUCCACUGGAACCGGACGAGCUGCCGGAACAUUUGCGACCACCACCAUCCAUCGAUAUGGCCAGCGUGGAUUCAUCCAAUCCGGAAAACAUUCUAAAGCUGUCGAAGAAAGGCCGCACACUAAUGACGUUCGUAUCCGUGAAUGGGAAUCCGACGCGCGAGGAAACGGAGGACAUUACCAAGCUGUGGCAGACGAGCCUGUGGAACAAUCAUAUACAGGCCGAACGGUACCUGAUCGAUGACAAUCGAGCGAUAUUCAUGUUCAAAGAUGGCGCUCAAGCCUGGGAGGCAAAGGACUUCCUGGUGGAACAGGAACGAUGCCUACACGUUUCGAUCGAAAACAAAGAGUACAAGGGCAAGCACAACCGGGAUGAGCUGUGA